AUGAGGGCCAAGCUGGUGAACUGGCUGACCUCGCUCCUCGUGGUCAUGCUCUUCAGCUUCUUCUGUUUCUGCAUCUCCAGGAUGACUCAAACCCGUAAUCAAUUAAUUAAUUGUAGAAACCAUAUUUUGGAGUUUAAGGAAAGUUUUCUACGCUUAAAAAACAAAACGGAAAGAAAUAGCCAAGAGCUGACGGAAGUCUUGAGUAAACUAAAUUAUGACAUUAGACGGAGAAAACAUGUAUCCAUAAACUUAGUUGGGAAGAAUGUGAAUACAUUGGAUAAGAAUGAAAUAGUAUCUAAUACAUUUGAAGACUUAAAGUUCUUUUUCCCUCAUCUAAGGAAAGUAGGCAGAAUUUAUCCUGAUGUGAUCAUCGGCAAAGAGAAAGCAGACGUGUCUUUUGCGCUGGGCAUCUCCACCGUGAAGAGACAGACUCACAGUUACCUGAAGCAGACGCUGACCUCGCUCAUCACCAGGAUGACCCCUUCGGAGGAGAAGGACUCUGUGGUGAUCGUCUCUAUUGCAGAUAGUAAUGAAGAUUAUUUGAAAUCUGUUGUUGACAUGAUUACACAAAAAUUCAAAAAGCAAGUGAAGUCUGGAUCCUUAGAGGUCAUUUCAAUACCUGCAUUUUUUUAUCCAGACAUGCUCCGUGCCAAUCAGUCAACCGAGGACUCACAAAAAUUGGAGAGAUGGCAAACCAAACAAAUAUUGGACUUUUGUUUUUUGAUGUUGUAUGCCCAACCCAAGGCCAUGUAUUAUUUACAGCUGGAAGAUGAUAUCAUAGCUAAAAAGAUGUACUUUACAAAAAUCACAGAUUUUGUACGUAGUAUCACUUCAAAUAAUUGGUUUUAUGUUGAGUUUUCUGUUCUUGGAUUCAUAGGAAAGCUCUUUAAAUCUGAGGACUUAACUGAAUUCAUACGCUUUUUUUUAAUGUUCUACAAAGACAAACCCAUAGAUUUGCUCCUGCUGGACCUUUUACAGGUGAAGAUGUGUCAUACAGGAGAAACUCCUGACAAAUGUGCAGAACGAAAUAAGCAAAUUCGUAUUCGAUAUAAACCUUCCCUUUUCCAGCACGUGGGCACACAGUCAUCAUAUCUUGGAACAGAACGGUAUUUAAAAGUAAGAUUUUGA